AUGCUGGGUUUCCUUCUUGGAUCUUGCAUUGCAUCCUUUUUACUCUAUCCACCACUUUUCUCAGUUUGCUUGCUCUGGCCAGUGUUUUACGCUUUUAAGGGACUAAUAGCAAUGCUUGAGUGUGCGACGGUCAUGUCUGUAGUCAUUACCAUGGCUGUGGGGAUGCUACUUAUUGACCUCGCAGCUUUGCAGGAAAACAUGGUUUGCUCAAAUACCUACAGUAACGCAAGCACAUGCCCCGAAUUAUUUUUCGCCCAAAGCUACCACGCGGCCAGAAUGAAGUUUAAGGAUGCGGCCCAGGAGAUGGGUGCGGAGUGGCAGCAACACAUUGUUCUCCAAGAAGAUGGCUUUGACUACACCGUUGAUACCGCGUUUUUGCGUGGAAAACGCCCCAAUAAUCUGCUCAUCCACAUGUCAGGUAUACACGGUGUUGACGGGUUCACAGGAAGUGCAGUGCAGGUGAAACUGCUGCGCGAGUGGAACAGCAAUCGCGAGGAUGGCCCCUCGGUGCUUUUUGUUCAUGCCGUUAACCCGUACGGCAUGGCACAUUUCCGCAUUUACAACGAGAAAAAACGUCGAUCUUGGGCGCAAUUAUCUUUCCUCAGAGGAAUGGGAGAGAGUCUUGGCGAGCAGCGCAAAUAG